CUUGGUCCUGCAGCAGAAGAACCGUGGCUCUCCAUGGCUCCUGAGGAGAUGCCUGAGAAAUCCACUGCUGUUUUGGUCCCAGCCCCAGCAUCUGCUUCCUCAAAGGGAAACGUGUUCCAUGUUUCAUCAGCCAAGCACAGCAGCAUUUUGCACUGAUUGUUCCUUCCUCUCCACAUGGCCUUUCUACUAGUGUCAGCAUACCUUCUGCUGACUCCUGCUCAUACUGCUCCAGUCGAUAAUGGGGCCCUCAUGGAGACGCUGAAGUCGCAAGUCUUAUUCAGCAAUAAGAGUGAACACUAUUUAGCACAAGUGAGACCUCCUGGCACAAGCAGACAAAUACCUCAGACAAUUAUUAUUGGUGUUCGUAAAGGAGGGACCAGGGCCUUACUGGAAAUGCUGGAUGUUCACCCAAACAUUGUGGUAGCAGCUACCGAAGUUCAUUUUUUUGACUGGGAUGAAAAUUAUGUUAAAGGAAUAGACUGGUAUAGAAGCCUGAUGCCGUUUUCAUAUGAAAAUCAAAUUACUAUUGAGAAAACACCAGGCUAUUUUACCUCACCACAGGCUCCCGAAAGGAUUCAUGAUAUGAAUAGCUCCAUUAAACUGCUGCUUAUUCUAAGAGACCCCACAGAGAGAGUUAUCUCUGAUUAUACCCAAGUCUAUUACAAUAGACUGGAAAACCACAAGCCUGUUCAGCUCUUUGAAGACAUUGUUAUAAAAAACGGAGCACUUAAUACCAAAUACAAGGCUAUCCAGAGAAGUUUGUAUGACAUCCAUAUGGGGAGAUGGCUUAAACAUUUCCAUUUGGAUCAGAUUCACAUAGUUGAUGGGAAUACUUUGAUCAGAGACCCUCUUCCUGAAUUGCAAAAAGUGGAAAGAUUCCUUAACCUGCCUUCCAAAAUUUUGUCUUCAAAUUUUUAUUUUAACCAGACCAAGGGGUUCUAUUGCAUUAGGAGUGAUGGAAGAGAAAGAUGUUUGCAUGAAUCAAAAGGGCGUCCACAUCCUGUGGUCAACAGUACUGUCUUAGAGCAACUUUACUCCUACUUCAGAGAGCACAAUGCAAAAUUUUAUAGAAUGAUUAAUCAUUCUUUUGACUGGCAUUAAUAACUUUGAUUUUGAAGAAAAGUGUUUCCUUUUAAAUAGUCCUCAGAUAAAUUAUUUUCAAGUUCUUCCUGUUAAAUUCCGGGUUACAUCCAUUUUGAUAUGAAGAUGAUUAUUUCCCUCCCUGGGAGAGAGUUGAGGUAUGCAUUAGUGUGCCCAAGGAAGACAGGCUUAACUUUCGCUUUUAAUUACUGGAAUGAACUUCAUUGCACCAGCUCAUGUUCCCUGACUUCAGUGGAGUUAGUCAGAACUACACUUGCAUUGUCUGUUUUUAUUCAGAUUUAUGAACAAAAGAAGCUUCACAGAAAACUACUUUAACCGAUGCUUUAAAAAUGUGUAGCUGAAAUGGUAUUAUUCUACUUUCAGGUUUUGUUGGCUGCUGUUAUUUUUCUAUCCAGCUCCAUGACAGUGGGACUGGUUUUUAGAUCUUUUCAUACUGUAAAAUAAUUAUAUAUUAGAAGAAGAUAUGACUUAGUGGUUCCAUUAUAUCAUUUUAUUUAUUUAGUGAAAUGAUAACUGUAAAGUAUAUGCCAUUUAAAGAAGUAUCAAAAGUGAGUUUAAACAGUUACAGCUUUGGUUUAUGUUAUGGGUCCCUCUAUGUAGGGUAUUUGUAAUCAGUAACACAUUUAUUAUUCACAUAGGUUUAAAACAAUUAACAAUUAUUAAGCUUUUAAUAUUUCCAAUUGAAGCAAGAGGGCUCUAAAGUAACCCCACUUUACCCAGUAGACAUCAGGAAUUUAUAAGCUGUAAUCUUAUACAUCAUAUGAAUUAUGUAAUCAUAUAAUCAUAUAAAUUAUGAUUAUAUGAUUAAUCAUAUAAAUUGUAUGAGCCACCUAUUUAAAAAUACCCUUCAUAAAUGCAUAAUUAAUAGUCUUGUUUGUAUUUUGUAAUCACUUGUUCCAAUACUUUAUAUAAUUAAUUUGGCACAUUUAUGGGGAAAAAAAUUGCCUGCUCUCCAAAGUGUGGAAUAAUUUUUGUAAUAUCUAUUUGAAGACCAGAUGUAUUCAAGUGCAUAGUAACUUCAUGUGGUACUGUAUACUAUACACACAAUAUUCAAAAUAAUCAAGUAUGGGUUUCUGAUUUAUCUAUAAAAACUAUAAAAUCUACAUGGAUGGAUUAGGAUCCAUGUAACAGUCA